GUACCUCAAUGAUAGAUCAUCUCUAACUUGGUCGGAAUCUGAGGCUUCUUGUAUGUGACUCUACCAUGAUCGACGUUUUCCUGCGAUGAAGAUAAUAUGACUCUGAAGGCAGCUCAGGAUGAUGUCAUACAGAAUGACGAAAGACUGAUGGAUUUGGCAUUGCCAGCGGAUCCAUUUUCCGGUGGUCGGAAUCCUAAAAUGGACAACCCGCGUUCAUUUUUUUGUGAUGGCGGCGUCAUCGAAGACCGAAUACGAAGAUCUGUUACGGGUAUUCAUCGAGGACUUCGAGACUCUCAUCUGUGCAAAGUCGCUGGUGAGAGUCUUUCCUAUGGCCAUAGACUUUGUAGUAAAACGCGCUUGGACGCUUGUUGCUCGGACAACCUCAGUGGGUUGAAAAACUGUGUUGUCCGUUACAAAAAUGUUAUCUGUGAUUGUUUAUAUUGUGAAAAAGACUGCAGUCAAACUCUUAGUUAUUUUUUAAUACUAAUAGUAAGUUUAUUGAAAAUAUUUAUGUGCCUAUUUAAAAGUCAACGGUCAAUUGUGAAGAGAGACUCUCAUUCGAGUUAUGUAUUGCUUGCUACUUCAGUAUUGCUACUCUCGUUUACAACAGUUAAUGGAUUCGCUAAUGAAUUUGAAAAAACCGAACAAUUUCUGGACAAAAUUAAUUUGGAGAAAAGCAUCGCAGCUGUGUUCAACAAAGUAGCUUAUGGUAGUACUACCAAGCGAUCAAUACCCGAUAGUGUCUAUCCUAUUACAACAUUGUCCACUCCUUUAUUAACAACAUACCGUUAUUCCAAUGGAAAUGAUGAAUGGCUCAGGGUAGAUUUGAAAAAUGCGGACUUGAAUCAUGAUAUUGAUCAUUCUAACGUUGAUUUUGAGCAGCCCGGUUUCGAGAAUGAAAACCGAAGGGACUUGGAUAAUGGUUACGGUAUAGACCUUGAGAAAGAUCAUGUUUUGCCCACGUCAGCUCCAGCCGCUGAUAUUUUGAAAAAUAAUAAUAACAAAAACUACAAUAAUCCUAAUAGAUAUAAUAACGACAGGCUUAGGCCUGACUUUGCUCCUAAUAGUGACGAUGAACAGGUUACUGAUAAUAUCUACAGAACUACAACGACUUACAAUCUUCUCAAAAAUGUAAGACCAACAAAAUCCAUGUACAAUAAAGAACCACCCAGUUACGUUCCUCCAAGUCGAGCAUUUUUCACUCCUCCUCUGCCACCAGAGUACCAAAAUCCAUUUUUAGAUAAGCCGACCUUAAGGGGUACCAAUUCUGAGGGUUUCGUUAAUCGUAGGCCCAUUCCUCCUCCUAGUCUUAUGCCUAACAAGGACCGAAUACCUUUCAGACCAGAUUUGCCUAAAGUUAACAUUGAAAGAAUACCUGAUAGGCCUAAUGACAAUGAUGAAGACGACCAAUACCGGCCGCCAAUCCCGAACCAUUCUUCUCAAGAAACCAAAAAUGAAAAGAAAAAGUCACUGAAUACUCCUUCGCAAAACGCUAGAGCUGGCGAGUUUCAUGGCGGAAGCAGAAACGUAAACGAGAGUAAUUUUGAAUAUGAAAAAAGUUAUGUUCCAUCGAUUACUCGUAUUUUAAGCGGCUCUAACGGGAGACACGAUGACAUUCCCGACAUUUUAUUACGGACUGUUACGGCUACUCCAAAUGUACAACGCUACGAGCCAAAAAUUCCAAAAAUAAGAACUCCUUCAGCUGAGCCUGGCCUCAAAAUGCAGGAACCUGAAUUUAUGGAGCCUACUAAAGCUACUGUGGAUAACUCAAAAAAUGAUGAAACUACUCAUAAAAAGGAUGUCAUUCAGGAAUCUGAUCCGCCAGAUCGGUCGGAAAGUGUUACUAUAAAGAAAGACAACUCUGUACCAGAGAAGAAGAAUAUUCCCGAAUAUGUUACCACUCAGAUAUCUGAUGUCAUAAAUUUGCCCAACGUCAAAGAAAAAGAUAUCAAUCGAGAAAUGAAUGUCACUUUAGCCAAAUCUGACGAAAUUUGGUUGAUAUGUUGGAAUGUCCAUGUAUAUUUAGUUGUUUUUGGUUACAUUUUAUUGGCAAUGUUUUCCAUUUAUAAACUCAUUCGAUAUGAGAAUGAUCCACACAUGUUUUCUAAGAGCUAUUUUCUAACCAUCCACCUUAUGCUCACAGUUAUUUGCGUUUUGCGCAUUUUCUAUCUUAUAUAUGAUCCCUACAAUUUAUACAAUUCGUUCAAUGUAUUCCUGUAUGAUUUUCUCCACAACUUCCCGUUGAGUUUACUCGCAACAACUUUUGCUGUUCUUAUUCUGUUUCUUCUGAAGAGAACUCUGACUCACUUGGAAGUAAAAACUCGUCCAGUGUUCUUAGUUGUAUUCGCAUUGGCACAUAUUAUGCUUUGCUUCUGUCUUAGCAUUGUGGAAUCCCUAGGUCAUCUUGAUAAAGCUGGUUUAACUAUUUGUAAACCUGUAUUUGUACUGUUGGCUUGGGCUUUAGGUUUCAGCUACUUGUACCUCUAUCGAAUCAUCAAAAAUGUUCUUGCCAAAAAAAGUCAGAACUUAUCAGAAAUGUGCACACAAAAUAUAUCCUAUGCUAGUCAUAUAACUAUUGCUGUAGCUUUACUUUUUGUCUUACUAGGUUUAGUACAAGUAUAUGCACUAUUUUUCAUCAAAGUCGAUCGUUUCAAUAAAGAAAUCAAACAUCACUGGAUACUGUGGGGUUUUGAGUUGUCUGUUAGGUUCAUAGAAAUAUCUAUAAUCACUUUGCUGGCUAUCGUGGUUAGUCUCAGACUGUCGCAAAGAGAAAAGCAGUCUGCAGGUGGGUUUCCCUUAUUCCCGUGUACGACAAGUGACUCAAGUACCGAUAAUAUAUAUCCAAAUAACUGUAAUACAAAUCCCAACGCCUUAAAUUACAGCCGCCAAGAAAUGAUAAUGGACAAUAUCCCAACAGAGACUGUUGAAAGGCCAAACCUUUUGAAAAACGCCUUCCAAAAUGAUUCAUUUGAUAAGAAGUCAACGUUGGAGAGAUAUCAAAGUGACAGCGAGAGAGGCAGCAACUUUGACAGAUUCGAAAGACCCAAAUGGGGCUCUGAAAGGUUCGAUUCACGUCAGAACAUUGACGGAUCAAGCUUGAAUAACUUCAUGCAGCCCAACUCGGGUAAUUUCGAAAGAGGCGGUCAUAACUCUGUUCAGAAUUCUUUGAGAAAUGAAAGGUCAUCUAACAGAAAACCUUACGAUUCUGCCAAAUAUUAUGCCAAGCCUAAAUAUGAUAUGGAGUAUAACAAUGAAGAUUAUCAGCAGGACAUGUUUUCAAAUAAUUCUGAAAGGAAUAUCUAUAGCGAACCUGUUGACAAUCCGGCCUCUCAUCAAUAUGAAAGAACCAGACAUGAGUUUGAACGUUCAGACUUUGACAGGAGGUCUAGGAACAGCUCAAAUACUUCAGGACGCCGAUCUACUGGUAGAACAAGAAAAAAUCAUCCGAGACCACAUCUAGGAGUGCAGACGUUACCUAAUCAUGAUCGACAUCAAAUUCCUGAAACUAUGCUAGUUGAUGAACAAGGUUUUGUUCGUUUUAGGCAUAUGCAGGAGGAGGUGGAUAAACCUAAAAAAAUCAAACGUCAAGUUAGUGAUCAAAAUCACUAUAGUGAUGCGUAACUUUACGUUAGGGCUAAGGAGAAACACACAGACGAUGAAGUAUUUUUGUAAGAUACUUGGUAGAGUACAGGAUAUUUUUGAUUGAAGGAAUUAGUUUUCUGCUUGGAUUUGUUAAAUAAGAUUCUCAAAGCCUGCAGAAAAGAGCUAAUAGAUAUUUAUUUAUUUUUUAUAAACUGACCUGUACUUAUAAUUCCAACUAGUUCCAUCGGUAUUUAGAGAAAAUAUCAUUUCCUGUGGGUUUCUUUCUUAGCUCGUUGAUAUUCGUAUUACAAGUCAAAAUUUGAAGAUUUUGGCCUAAGAUUCAAAGCCUUUGUAGAACAAGCAAAUCAAGAAUUGGAGAUUUCAAAAUAUUGCUGUUACAGUCUAUAAAAACAUCCUAGGCAUUCAAAAAAUUUUCAAUUUUACUUCUUUGAAAGGUGAUAAAUAUUGAAUACUCUUAAUAAUUUCAAUGUUCAGAUGAAAUAUUGAAGAAUUAACAUUUACUGUUAGAGGUAGCAUACCAUAAACAUAUAAUGAGAAACAUAUACUUUAAUUAAACAAGUAGUGAAACGUGUAUAUUGCAAAUUCUGUAAAUAAUAUUAUUAAGAACUUUACUUUUAAUUUUUUAUAUAAUUUUAUACAUUAUUUGUACGAUACAGGGUGUUCGUGUUAUACAAAAAACGGCAGCUCUCUAGCUCUUAAAUGUUAUGUAAAUUGAGAAAAAAUGCAGACAAGAGUUAUUUUUACUCACAGUUUUUCAUAGUGCCCUGUAUAGAAGUUUCAUUUAUGGAAGCAAUUGACUGAAAUUCUUGUAUUUAUUAUAACGUUAUUAUUCGGGCUAAUUGAACAAAAUAAAUUUAUUAACCGUCCUUAACUUUAAAGUGGUGCCGAUUUCGUGAAACAGUUUCUUUUGCUGUGAUGUCGGCAUCUGAAAUGAUUUUUCUCACUGUCGUGAAUAUUUCACUAGAAAACACAAUUGUUGGACUGAAAUUGAGAUCAUCAUUUUGAAUUGACUUGACAAACUAUGAUCAGAAUAUCCAGUUCUAAAAUUAUAGAUCAUUUACGUCAGUUUUGCAAUAGUGCCAAGGUGAAAUUUUCAAGAUAUUCUUUUCUUGUAGAUGUUUUUGUAUAUAUGUAUGAAUAUAUUUGCCAACCGUUAAAUCACUUGCCAUUUUAUAUAUUACUGGGUUAUGUAGAGUAUGGACUUUAUUUUUGUAUAUUUUUUACAGUAUUAUUCUUUUUACAGUAUUUAUUCUAUUGAAGUAAAUAAGUACGCUUUGUAUUUUCAUUUACAACGAAUCGUAUCUGUUUUUAACUUUCACAUUUAAAUUUCACAAAUGGAUUUGUUAAUUUUGUUCUUUACUUUGAGUGGAUAUUUUCCAGUUGAUAACGUUUUUUUUAACGUUUCAUCUGGCCUGACUUAAUUUCUUUACAUUCCUUAUUUUCGGUUGUAUGUUAUACAUUUACUCUACCUAAUUGUUUGUUCCUAUGCAACGUACUUAUAAACCAGCUUCUCUAAGUUUUUUUUGCCAGUAUUUCUCUGAAAGCUCUAUUUGUGUAGAAUAGAAAAAAUAUUUUAUUUUCUGGAUGUCUCACAAAAAAUGUUGUUUUUAAUAUAUGAUGAAGCAUGGUAAUUUUCAAAAACAAUUUUAAUUGUAAAUAGGCAGUUCUUAUCUUUUUGGAAAUUGCUAUGUCAGAAUAUUACCUUGUAUUAUAUAAUUGUAAAAUAUAAACAAAUGAUAUGCAUUCCU